AUGGCAGAAGCUUUCGGAGUCGCGCUCGCUAUACCCGGCAUUGUGGAACUCUGCAUUAAAUAUGGCCAAUCUUUAGUUCGAAAGUACCAAAACUACCAAAACUAUGAAACUGAACUCGGCGACCUCAUCGUCAAGUUCGAGGCUCACUGGACAAAUUUGCGACUACAAAUUGAGUUCUUCGCCAGAGUCCAAGAUCGUGUCGAGGAGCGCCACCGUCUCCACUUCGAGAAGCUUGUCAGCGUGCUAUCCAACAAGCUCAAGCAAAUCGGACUCAAGAUCGAGGGCAUCGCUGUCCAUGUCAAACGAGUGUUCCGGCGGGCCAAGUUUGCCAUCAUGGUGCAGAAGUCUCUCCAAGAAGCCAUCUCCGAAUUGGUGGAGUGGCAGGAUCUGAUACAGCCAUUAAUCUUUCAUCUUGCGAAAACAGAGGACCCAGUUGUCGAACAGAGGAUUAAUGAUGCGCCUGCGGAAGAAAAUGUUGCGAUAUCAACGGUGCAGAACAUGAGGCGAGCAUUCAGCUCAGCAAAGCCUCCAACGAAGGAAUCAGUGGUUUACCAUGCUGAUAAUAAUUUCUGGAACCCUGAACUCAGAAAGGCUAUCCGAUACAGCGCUGUUCAAAUUCACCGGGUUCCUGGUCACAACGGCCGUCAACUUCUCAUUGACGCCAUCCCCUGCAGCGGGCGCGAUCCGACCGCACGGCGUACAAUCAAAGAUAUCCGUGAGCUCGUUCAAGUCCUCCGACUAGUGGAUCCCAUGACUUUCGGAAUCCCCGUCUGCGCUGGGAUUGUGAAUGUCAAAGACGACAAAGGAACGCUCACCAAAAUUGAAAUGGUAUUCAAGGUACCUGAGAACUUGACUAACCCUCGGUCCUUGCGUGAUGUUUUGGUUUCACAGGAUCAUCAGAACGACCCUAUCAACGUGCGGAUGCAACUUGCGAAACGCCUUGCAAGAACGGUCUCAUUUGUUCAUUCAAGCAACUUCGUGCACAAGAACUUUCGUCCAGAAACAAUAGUUAUUUUCGAGUCUCGUGGACAAUCAAACGAUAAAAUCUUCAUCAACGAGGUUGGAUUCCCGUUUUUGGUUGGGUUCCAAAAGUUCCGCUCCGCAGCUACUACGCAUACCACGAUGAUGGGAGACUCGGCAUGGGAAAAGAACCUUUACCGGCAUCCAGAACGCCAAGGAGAGUUUCCGGAUGAAGUUUAUAGAAUGCAGCAUGAUAUUUAUAGUCUUGGUGUUUGUCUAUUAGAAAUUGCGCUUUGGAAAUCCUUUGUGUCAUAUGACGACUAUGGUACCCCACGGAGAUCAGAAAAUUUCCAGUGCCUGGAUAAGAGGUCUGGGAGGGAAGUGAAAGAGGAGCUUGUCAAUAUGGCUCGAGAACUAGUGCCGAAAACCUUGGGGAACCGAUAUGCGGAGGUGACGAUAGCAUGCUUGAAGUGCCUGGACGACGACGAUGGUAAUGAUUUCGAUCUUAUGGACGAAGAGGGAAUAUCGGUUGGAGUUGGAUAUAUUGAGCGGAUACUGGGAAAGUUGGAAGAAAUAACCGUGUGA